AGUAUCUGCCCCACGUACUUUCCUCCGGAUUAUGGGAUAUUCGAUCGCUUUGUUGAAAUGUAUCACAAUGCAAUCGGUGAUCACGUCCAAUCUUUGGUACUAGAAGGUCUAAGCGAUACACAAAUUGUACAAUUGCUGGGCUGGAUCAAUUCCUAUCACACGGAAGAAUUUAUGAAAGAUCCGGUCUUGAAUAUUGAUUUCAACCGUUUGAAUUUGCUUCAACCGAUCAAUCUUUUGCCCGAGAGUCAAUUGGAUGCUUUACGUAUAUUGCUAAAACGAUUUCUCGACUCGGAUCGUGGUCCACAAAUUCCCUGUCCAGACAUGCAGCGGUAA